CGCGACGGUCUCACAUGACAAACACAUUGGCAAAUCCCGGCUGAGUGGCGGAACAGUAUCCUUUAAAACAAGUUGUUACCGGUAGAAAUCCCACUUAACCGAAAUUACACCUGGUGUUCACGACGCACAGAAGAAAAGACGAGCUUGUAGAUUCUGUCAAACAUGGCUGAUAAAAAACUUGUUGCUGCCACAUUUACUCCAUUCGACUCAAAAUGUGAAGUCAACCUAUCACAGAUUGGACCUUACAUUGACUACUUGACAAAGAGGCAAGGUGUAAAAAGCGUUUUUGUGAAUGGCACCACAGGAGAGAGCUUGUCUCUGAGUGUUGCAGAGAGGAAGAUGCUGGCUGAGGAGUGGUGUAAGAAAGCCAAGGGCAAAAUGGAGGUGAUUGUGCAUGUCGGCUGCAUGAGUCUUAAAGAUUCCCAAGAACUGGCCAGACAUGCAGUCGAGAUCCAGGCUGAUGCGAUAGCAGUCAUGGCCCCUUUCUUCCUCAAGCCCAAAACUGCAGAGGCCUUGAGGUUGUACCUACAGGAGGUCGCUUCAGCUGCUCCAAUUCUGCCCUUCUAUUACUAUCACAUUCCAGCAAUCACUGGUGUUCACGUGCCAGCCAGAGACGUAAUAGCAAACAUUCAGGAGCUCAUUCCUAUGUUCAGAGGUGUGAAGUUCUCUGACACUGACCUGAUGGACUUGGGCCAGUGUGUCAGUUCCAGUCCUCCUCAGUGGUCCUUCCUGUACGGAGUGGACGAGCAACUGCUCGCAGGUCUGGCUAUGGGAGCCGACGGAGCGGCUGGCAGCACGUAUAAUUAUUUAGGAUGCCACGCCAACAAGCUCAUUGCAGCUUUUAAGAAUUGUGACCUGGACCGAGCCAGGGAGAUACAGUUCAAGCUACAAGAGCUUCUGAGCUGUGCCAGAAAUUUUGGCUUCGAUCUGGGCGUGAACAAACAGCUGAUGAUUAACGUGUCGGGUUUGCUUCUGGGGCCUCCUCGACUCCCGGUGAUGCCGUGUCCUCCUAGUAAUGUGCAGGCCAUCGCAAAGAAGUAUUUAGAAAUUUUUCCUGAAUGCUGAUAUGUUCAUGCUGGAUUGUUGGACCCUAAAAAUCCGUAUACAGUGUCAGUAGUGGGGCCAGGUACCAACUGUUUUACGUUGUUCUUCUAAACCAGCCAUUCAGAUACCAUUAAAUAGGGUUCAGAUCUAUUUCUUAGUGUCCAACUAAAUUAUAAAUUUGCGUUUUAGUGGCCUUGCAUAGACAGAUCCAAGUGCACAGUCAGAAAACAGUUCAGGGUAACUGUAAAAUCUUAAAUCAUCCUUUAUAAUACAGCGUUUCUAACCUUAAACUGUCUUGGGCAUUACCAGCACAUUCUACUGUAGUGGUAAAAUAAUUACCACAAGGGUAUUUUCUCAAUAUUAGACUUUUCUAUGAUAUUUUUAUGGGCAUUCUGGACUGACUUAUUUGUCAGGAUUUAAUAUUUCGUUUGUUCAGGAAAAAGUGUCAUUUUUCUGCUACAUUUAGGGAACUGUAGGUCAUCACACAUCACCCGUAUUGUCCUGUUACUUUUCAUUGUGUAAAUCCACAGUUAAAUCUCAUUUCAUGAAUUGGAGCACACUUGUUUUGGGUGUCGCGAUGGCAGGACAUUUGUAGAAUUAGAAAAUCAGCAUUUCAUAGCUUCUCUACCUAAAGGUGGGGUCUGGGAUUCUAGAGACAGAAUAUUUAGAUAGUUGGGUCAUUCCACCUCAGGUCAUCAAAUAAUUUCUAUUCAACCAGCUCUGAUUCGCUUGAAAUUUUUAUAGAAUAUAGAUAUUUACCAAGAUUUUUUUUUUUUAAUUUUUGCUUGACAAAUCAAAUACUUUUUGCGAUAUUUAGUUUUUAAACACUGUUUGUCAGCCCACUUUCAGCACAUUUUUUCACACAUUGAAAUUUGUAAACUGAUUGGAUGGCAAUAUCUCAGAAAUGAUUACAUAUCCUAAAAUAAAAAAUUUAGACGUAUUUAAAAAUAUGUGUUUUCUUAGUUAUAUUUGGAGAAUCAUUUUGAAACUCCAGAACACUGUCCUGAUUGGAUUGGCCUAUCUAACAAUAUUUUUUGUUUUUUGUGUUACAACAUGUCAUAAAUGCUCAGCCAGUUGUGAAAGUUGGACUUUUUUCAUUUUCACAUAUUUGAAAUUAAAAAUUAUUCUAUCGGUUUUGUGUUGUUGUUGUUAUUGUCACAUGCAGCUGUAUGUGGUUCAGACAACAUCACGAGUUGACUUUUUUUGUUAAUUAACUUUUUUUGACGGCCUCAAAUUUAUUUACAUAUUUUGUUAAUAUUUCAACUCGCCCGUAAUCAGAGAAUAUUGAUCGACUUGUGUAAUAUUGCAGAUUCUGACUCAAUGACAUGAUGAGAAAUAACUGGGAAAAUUUCAGGCUUUUGUCUCUAGUAGUUAGUAAGAUAUUUUCAUUCAAACAUAGACUCAAGUUUGUGCGAAAAAUGUGCUGAAAGUGAGUCUGUGGGCAGUUUUUAAAAAAAUAAAUAAAUUCUGAAAGUAUUUUAUAACCUAAAAUUCCACAGAUAUUUUAUAUAUAUACGUUAUAUAUUAUUUACUUUAUAAUCAAUAUAUAUCAUAUAUUGGUAAUCUGUUGCAAAAAGAUGCUUUAGAAAACCUUGUUUUGUUGCUAAGUUACCAAACCUUUGAACUAUUAUUUUCAGAUCAGAUUUGACAGAUCAUUCUGAAUGUAAAUUUGUGCUAUGGAUUGCAGUUUUGGCUCGUUUCUUGUUUGUGUACAGGGGAGUGGUCUUGUUAGCCUGAAAUAACGGCACUGAGGCCUUCCGAAGAUAACUGCAGUAAUACCUUUAGUGGGACUUCAAUGAUAUUUUAUGGAUCCAUCAGUCACUUUGUUUGUUUCCUAUUUUCAGAGCUUGUAUUAUGUCUGAACACUUGAUUUUUUUUCUCCAGCACACAUGGGGUGUACAGCUAGCAGGCUGGAUUAGAAUCGCAUACCCCACCUUUAAUCGUUCUUGUGCUUCAGAAUUGUAGAUUUUUUUUGCCACCAAUCAAACAAAUAUUUGCUUUUUUUUUCUUGUUUUGAUGCCUUAAAAGUCACUUUCAUGACAAAACAACAGCUUGAGAUGGAAAUGGAUUCAUUAAAAUGAACUCUGUUUCACCAAAAGACACUCCAACAAGAGACUCACUCAGCAUAAAACACUUGCAAUUGAGAAUCCUCCCAGUUAAUUUCUGAUGUUAAAUGUUUACUGUCUGACAGGAACAUAAAGGGAAACAUGCUGUGCAAUGAAGAAUCUUUGCUUUGUAUUCAUCAUAAAUUUGCUCCAAAUAAAUGUGCUGAUUUAUUUGUUGAUUAA